AUGAGAAAAGAUCACGAAAACACUCACACGGGGACUAAACCAUACAAAUGUCCUGACUGUAACAAAGGGUUCACUUACAGAACUGGUGUCGCAAAACACUUCCGCGCCCAUCACGAGCGCGUUCACACCGAGAAUAAACCUUACGAAUGUCCUCACUGUAACAAAGGUUUCACCCAGAAAAGCUCAAUGGUUAGACACUCCCGUAUCCACACGGGUGACGGUUCAUAUGCCUGCUCGUUCUGUGAUAAAAAGUUUGGUGAUGAUGGUAAUAAAGCACAACACGAGCGCAUUCACACGGGAGAGAAACCGUUCAAAUGUCAAUACUGUGACAAAGGUUUCGCUCAGAGGAGCAGUUUUGUUGUACACUCCCGGACCCAUACGGGUGAACGUCCUUUUAAGUGUUCACUCUGCGAUAAAGCCUUUAGUACAAGCAAUAUGAGAAAAGAUCACGAACACACUCACACGGGAACCAAACCGUACAAAUGUCCUGAGUGUAAUAAAGGGUUCACUUAUAGAACGGGUAUGGCUAGACAUUUCCGUGCCCAUCACAAGCGUACCCACAUUGUGGAUAAAUGA